AGGUAGUUUAACAUGCAUAUAUAUGUAAGUUAAUGCUGCUGAACUCAUCAUAUCUAAAGGAACUUUCGCUUAGCAACUACUUGAAGAUGCACGUGCUGGAGCUGAUUUUGAUCACUGUUACCCUAUGUGCCGGUUAUAUACAAGGCCAAUAUGCAGGGGCAGCAGGACUUAGAGGAAGCUACCAAGGAAGAGCUGGGAAUUACCAAGGUGGAAUGGGAUAUUUGAGAUCUGGGGGUGGUUAUCCUGGGUCAUGGAGUGACUAUUCUGGCCAGAUACCGAGAAUUCGGCGGGCAGUUGUUGGCGAUACCAGAAAAAUUGAAAAGGUAAAUGACAAUGUGUAUGUGGCUACAGGUGGUCAAUCCCUGGGGAACUCCAUCAUGGUUAUCGCGCCUGAUGGUUUGAUAAUUGUGGACACUGCCGACAGUCAUCAAGCGGCCAGUCUGAUGCUUGAGGACUUCCGGAACAUCACAUCAGCCCCAAUCAAGGCCAUCAUCUACACACAUCACCACAUGGAUCACACUGGAGGUGCAACUGCAUUUGUUGAGAACUCCACCUCGCCACCUGACAUUUGGGCCUACAAGGACCUUCCCAAAGAUUUAGAGGACUACUUCGCGUAUGCUUCCUCUGCAAGAUAUGCCAGGUCUAUGCGUCAAUUUGGAGUGUUCCUCAAUGGCAGCAAGAACUCGGUUGAUUUUGGCAAGGAAGGGGCUACAUUCGGAUUCAUCUAUCCCAAUAAAUUCCUGAAUGACACGGAAAUGGACGUUGUGAUUGCAGGACUGAAGGUUCGUUUGGUGAGAAUCGUCGGCGAAACCAAUGAUCACAUGGGUGUGUACAUCCCAGAAUGGAAUAUGUUUAUGAGCGGCGAUACAUACUACGAGGCCUUCCCCAACAUCUAUACGAUCCGAGGGGCCAAGGUGCGGGACACUAAGGCUUGGUACCAGUCCCUAGACUACAUCAUUGACCUGAACUUGACCUACCUAGUACCAAGUCACUUGUCCCCUAUCAUAGGACAACAAACUAUCCUGGACACCCUAAUACCUCACCGCGAUGGCAUUCAAUACAUUCAUGACCAGGCCCUUCGCUACAUCAACAAAGGACUCGCCCCAGACGAGGUCGUCCGUAAGGUGAAACUUCCUCCAUCUUUAGUCAAUGUUUCUUCUUUAUAUGAAGAGUAUGGUAUGGUCGGAUGGUCUGUUAAAGGAGUCUUCCAGAUGUAUCUAGGUUGGUUUAGUGGCGACCCUAUGGACCUCUUCCCACUCACAGUUAACGAAAAGGCACAACACAUGGCUGAUCUGGCAGGCGGUGCAAACAAUCUCGUAACAGCAGCACGGUCAGCACAAGACCAGGGAAAUUCACAGUGGGCGCUAGAACUAGCAUCAUAUGCCCUUGCUCUUAACGGUAGUGACGAGAUGGCCAAGAUGGUGAAAGUUGACAGUCUGAACGCCAUUGCCGACCAGCAAAUCAACACGAACGCUAAAAACUAUUUAAGAACCGCUGCCCUUGAAACGACGGGACAACUCGACUUUUCCGAUCAGGCGACUGUAACCGCCGACCAUAUAAAAACAUUUGGUAUCGAACACUUAUUUGACAUGUUGCCUACAGCAUUCAUGCCAGAAGUCUGCGAGAAUGACACCUUUACAAUACUACUGAACUUCACAGACACGGGCAAAACCUUCUCUCUCCAAAACCGCAACUCUGUUUUGGUUGUUAGAAAAGACAAAAUUCCCGAAAAUUAUUCUCUCGGGAUGGACACCACAGAAGAAAAAUUCAAAAACUUUGUAAUGACGAGGAUCACACAACGUCAGAAAACAGAGGUUCUAUUCAGUAGUUAUGGAUUCCGAUUCCUUAGAAAGUGUUUUGAAUUUGGAAAGAUGUGAUACGAUAUGAUUUUAAAAUUCAUCCAGCAUCUAUUUAAUUAGUCCUCAUAUAUAUCAUAUCUUAGUACGAGUGUGCAUUUCAUUAUCAUGAAUUAACACACUUUCUGUAUCACGUAGGUAAUAGGUAUAUCAAAGCGAGUGUAUUGUACUCCUGGUCAUAUUAACAUAUAUAGUCUUAAUAAUAAAUGUUUGCAAUAUCAAUAUAA